CAACCCAACCGCACCCCUGGCUCCUUGGAUAGUAGUAACGUUACCCAAAACGGCGAUGACCCACGGACCUUACUAUAAGUUCUUGAAUAACUUAUUCAUUUCUCGAUAGCUUCUACUAUAAAACAGUAGUCAUAGUGCGGGUCUUCUCAUUUUCAGGCUACCAUUUGUCAAAGCUUUUCAAGAAUCCUUUUGACUUACAUGGUAGGUUAUUAGAAUGUUUUGCCGAAGUCAGGUGUCGAGAACCACGGUAGCAAGGGGGUCAGCAUUGGAUCUGGAAAUACGACGACAGGGGCAUUUCAACACUCUUACGGACACGGCACAGGAUGGUGAGGUGCAGCGUCAGAUAGACCGCGAGGUGCGGAUGCGUGAGGGGGCCAGUAAGCUGCUGGCUGCGUGCUCCCAGAGAGACCAGGCCCUGGAGGCCUCCAAGAGCCUGCUCACCUGCAACACCCGCAUCCUGGCCCUGCUCAGCCAGCUGCAGAGGAUGAGGGAGGCCCAGGUCCUGCAGAGAGUAGGCCACAGGUCCUGUAUUGGUGGGUCACUGGAUGAGAGGCUGCCCUGCAUGGGUCAUGUGGCCAUCUCAGACCUGCGUAUCCCACUCAUGUGGAAAGACUCAGAGUACUUCAAGAGCAAAGGAGAGCUGCAUCACUGUGCUGUGUUCUGUCUGCUCCAGUGUGGCAGAGAGAUCUAUGACACAGACCUGGUGAUGGUGGACAGGACUUUGACUGACAUCUGCUUCGAGGACACCAUCAUAUUUAAGGAGGCGAGCCCGUGCUUUGAGCUCCGUGUGGAGCUGUACAGUACCUGUGUGGUGGAGGACUUCUCUCCGGGGCCAGGGGCACUAGGACCCAGGAGACAUAACCGCCUCAGCAGCUCCCUCGGCUGCACCUCUGGGAGGAGGAUCAGGGCAGCUCUAGAGUCUGCAGCCUGUGGUACCAUACCCAUCGUAGAGGGAUGUGAUGGAGGAGGAGGGUCUCCACCACCUCUGCUGCCUGCUCUCUGUACAGAGGGGCCAAAGUAUCACCUUCUGGCCCACACCACACUGACAAUAGCACAUGUUCAGGACAGCUUCAGAACACACGACCUGUCCAUAUCAGCCACAGAGGACAGUGCAUUCUGGCUGCCUCUCUAUGGCAGUGCGUGUUGCCGUCUGGCCGCCCAGCCUCUCUGUAUGACCCAGCAGGUUAUCAGCGGCAGGAUCAAGCUUGAGAAGGAGCCUGAGUGCUGGACUGACAUCUACGGUGUCCUCAAAGGGACAAGUCUUAUCUGUUACCACAGUCAAGAGAGCAUGGUUGCCCAAGAGGAGCCGUUAUUCACCAUCGCCAUCAACAAGGAGACCCACAUCCAUGUGUCCGAGAGAGGGCCUCUGCACCAUAACCAGAGUAUAUCCAUCAGCACACACACCCGAGGUGACGAAGCUGUCACACACACUCUGGUCACACACACACCCCAGGACACACAGCGCUGGAUGGAGGCCUUCUGGCAGCACUUCUAUGACAUGAGUCAGUGGAAACAGUGUUGUAAUGACCUGAUGAAGAUCGAGGUACCCUCUCCUAGGAAAUCCCAUUUGGUCACAGCGAAGCAGGGCUCGCUUUACCAUCAAAUAGUCACUCUAUCUUCCCCAGGUGAGGGGGGUGUGGUAAUCCAGGAUAACUCUGUGUCUGCUGAAGUGUGGGCCUGAUCUCCUCUUACUGUAACCACAGUUGAAGGACCCUCCAUGAUUGCCAGGUUGUCCCAGUCAAGGGGACCAACAUCAGGCAACUGCAUCAUCCAAGACAGGAUCCAACUCUUACCAAACUCCAGCACCCCCCCACCACCCAAUUGUACUCCUGCUCUUGGGAGUGACGUGCAGUGACACCCACCUCUCCCAUGACACAGUGUCUUUGUACUGUACCUAUCCCUGUCCUGUAAUAGCACGAAACAGCCACGAACUAGCCACUCCUCUCCAGGAACAUACAGGAACGCCACAAAUCGGGGGCUGCAAUCACACACUUUUGCUAAUUGUAGCAUUCCACACUCUUGAGUUAUUCUGGUAAUGCAGCUUUGACCUUUUCUAGUCCAGACUCAAUGUUUUAUAGGACAUUUGGCUCUUCUCUUUACUUGUCCAAACCCAAUCGGCUUUUAAAUGCCGUUAAUAUUAAUUAAUGCUUUAUAUAUACAGUACCAGUCAAAAGUUUGUACAAGAGUGUGCAAAGCUGUCAGCAAGGCAAAGGGUGACUUCUUUGAAGAAUCUCAAAUAUAAAACAUAUUUAGAAAUGUUUUACACUUUUUUGGUUACUGCAUGAUUCCAUGUGUGUUAUUUCAUGGUUUUGAUGUCUUCACUCUUAUUCUACAAUGUAGAAAAUAAUACAAAUAAAAUAAAACCCUGGAAUGAGUAAGUGUGUCCAAACUUGACUGGUACUGUAAUUCAUAACUGUGAGGUUGGAAAAAUACUGUGGAAUUGUGAAAAUGCCAUUUUAGUGUAAGAGCUGUCUGGAAAGACUGACAUUUCAACCUGUUUUGGUGGGAUGGAGUUUUGGCCUGCCUGGUAACGUUAAUAGACUAAUAAGAAAGAGUUCCAAACCUCUCUGCCAAUAACGGCAAAUUACUCCUACUCACUCAAAACACUCCCAGACAGUCGGGCCAAAAUUCUUGCCGGAGAAAAUAAAUGUGUUUAUUUUUGACCAUUUGAAUUGAAAACAGGAGUGGCUUUGGGACAAGUCUUGUAAUGUCCUUGAGUGGUCCGGCCAGAGCCCGGAGUUGAACCCAAUCGAACAUCUCUGGAGAGACGCUCCCAAUGCAACCUGACAGCUUGAGAGGAUCUGCAGAGAAGAAUGGGAGAAACUCCCCAAAUACAGGUGUGCCAAGCUUGUAAUGUCAUACCCAAGAAGAAUUAAGGCUGUAAUUGCUGUCAAAGGUGCUUCAACAAAGUACUGAGUAAAGGGUCUGAAUAUAUGCAAACAUUUCUAAAAACCUGUUUUUGCUUUGUCAUUAUGGGGUAUUGUGUGUCGAUGUAUCAUUUAUUUUUGUCCAUUUUAGAAGAGGGCUGUAACAUAACAAAAUGUGGAACAAUUGAAGGGGUCUGAGUACUUUCCGAAAGCACUGUACCUGUUGUUAGUGGUAUCAUAGUGGUUACGAAAUUAGCGCUGGAGCAUUAUAUAGUGAUUUGUUUUUUUUAAACAAAUACAUUUUGAGAUUUGCUUUACAUAUUUGAACUUUGUGUUCGAAUUAAACAAUCAAGGCCUUUAAACACUUGUUGUACAAUACAUAAAAAUCCCUUUUAUCGAAUCUUACAGAGUUGACAUAAUUCCAGUUAAGUGCAUUUUAAUGUAAAGCUUUUUUUUAUGAACUUGUUGCUCCUUUACAUGAUGUGGUAGCUGAUACUUUGGUCAAUAAAAAUAUCAAAUAAAAUGCAAAUAUUUCUGUUAAGGGAAUUUUUAUCAAUGAUGACUAAUUAUGUAUACAUUUCAAUCAGGACCGACUAGUCCAAAUGCUAUUAUGUACUGUACAUGUAUGAAUUUUCUCUCUUGCUCUUAUCUACACUGACUGACCUUGGCUUUAGCCGAGGAGGGAAGGCUCGAGAACUAUAGGGCCUCUACCAGUGUCAAGAAGAGAUAGAACAUUUAGAAAACGCUGACGUCAUUUUCAGUUUAUAACCUGUGGUAAAAUGUGUAUGAAGGCAGUACUCUCUUGAAUUAAACGCUGUUACCUGACUUUUAA